AUGUCGGCGUCCGCAGACAAGGCGGCAGAGAGCACCGACUCGUCCUUCCUCACCGCGCUCGUCGCCAAUGCGGCCCUGCUCGGUGUGGAGGUCCUCGCCUUCGUCAUUCUCAAACAGAGACUCGAGCGCAUCUACUACCCUCGCACGUUCCUCCCCCCGCCAGAGCGUCGCUCGCAGCAGCUGCCGAAGGGCGUGUUUGGAUGGUUGCCAGCGCUUUUACGAGCCCCCACCGCAGACAUCAUACAGAAAAAUGGCCUCGACUCGUACAUGUUCAUUCGCUUCCUUCGCCUCCUCGUCAUUGUCUUCUUCGUCAACAUGAUCCUCACCAUUGCCGUCCUCGUCCCCGUCAACCACAUCGGAGUGGGAACGUAUACUGGUCUAAAGUCGAUUACUUGGGAAAACAUCGGUGACAACGACGCCUACGCGAAGCGCUUCGCGGCGCACGUCAUCGUCGUGUAUAUCCUCACAUUCUUCACUCUUUACAUGCUGCGCCGCGAAAUGAACCACUUCGUCCGUGCGCGUCACCAGUUCCUCCUCUCCGACUACCACCAGCGCCUGCCGCAGUCGCGGACGGUCCUCAUCACCAACGUUCCCGAGGAGCUCGCGUCGGAGAAGGCCAUGCACACCUUUGCAUCGUUCAUCCCCGGCGGAAUCGACCGCGUCUGGCUCUACCGCGACACACGCGAUUUGAACAAGCUCUUCGAGGAGCGUCAGAAGGCGUGUAAGAAGCUGGAGGGUGCGGAGAGCAAGUUGCUGCGGCUCGCGGUCAAGAACCACCGCAAGAAGCAGGCACAACACGACAAGCUUGUGAAGAAGAGUAAGAAGGCCGAUCCUGAGAGCGCGACGCCUGAGGGUCUUGAUCUUCCUCCGCCGUCUGUGGACCUCCUCAACGAGCUCGUGCCUGCGAACAAGCGUCCCCACCACCGCACUGGCUUCCUGGGCCUCAUUGGCAAGAAGGUCGACUCGACUGAGUACUGGAAGUUUGAAAUCGACCGCCUGAACAAGGAGAUCGACGUCCUGCGCUCUGACAGCCACACCAAGGAGUUCAAGGGCAGCGUCUUUGUGCGUUGCAACCUACAGAUGGGCGCGCACAUCCUCGCGCAGACGGUCAGCCACCACGAGCCGCUUCGCAUGACGGAGAAGUGGAUGGAGGCACACCCGAAGGAUAUCGUCUGGGCGAACUUGGACGAUGGCCCGGUGGAGAUGAAGCUUCGCAAGACGAUCUCGUGGGCUGCGACGAUUGCGCUCAUUGUGUUUUGGGCGAUCCCGGUCGCGUUCGUGGGUACCGUCAGCAAUGUCUCCGGCCUUUGCGAGAACAUCUCGUGGCUGGCGUGGUUGUGCAAGAUUCCCUCUGUUCCUCUCGGUAUCAUUGAGGGUUUUCUGCCGCCCGUCCUGCUCGCCGUCCUCUUCGCGCUCCUGCCGGUUAUUCUGCGCUUCCUAGCUUGGUACUCCUGCCUCCCCCGUUACUCGCUCAUCUCGACGAAUGUGUACAAGCGCUACUUUGCGUUCUUGGUGAUUCACGGUUUCCUCAUCGUGACUCUAUCUGCGGGUAUCGUCAACGCGAUUAAGGAUAUCAUCGACGACCCGACGAACACCGUGUCCGUCCUUGCGACGAAGCUUCCGGGCGCCAGCACGUUCUUCUUGACCUACAUCCUCGUCCAGGGCUUGACCGGUGCCGGUGGCGCGCUCGCGCAGCUCGUCCCCAUCGUCAUGUACUUCAUCAAGAAGAGGCUGCUCGGUAGCACUCCCCGUCAGACCUACGACAUCACCUACAAGAUGCCCUCGGUCGACUUUGGCACGCUCCUUCCCCGCCUUUCGCUCAUCGCGACCAUCGGCUUCGCCUACAGCAUCCUGUCGCCGCUCAUCAACGCGGUCGCCUUUGUCAGCUUUGCGCUCUUCUUCGUCGCGUACAAGUUCCUGUUCAUGCAGGUGUACGACCAGCCGGAGGAAGCGGAGUCGGGCGGGAUGUAUUUCCCUAUGGCGAUCAGCAACUUGUUCGUCGGCCUUUACAUCGAGCAGCUCGUCCUGGCGAUUCUGUUCUUCCUGAAGGUUAAGACGUCGAAGGUGUCGUCGAUCAUCGAGGGUGUUCUCAUGAUCAUCCUCUUGCUCUUCACCAUUGGCACGCACUCCAUGAUCCGGUCGGCGUAUGAGCGUGAGUUUGAAGACUUUGCCGUGUAA